AUGUGUGACAGAGUGAAAAGUAAGUUGAAGGGUAGGACGCUGAACGGACAGAGUCGGGAAAUAGUAAGCAAUGUUUACCAGUUUAUGAAAAAAGAGGCUGACGAUAAAGCUGUAAGCAUUCCCUUGGCAAAAGCUCGCGCCCGAACAGCAGUGGCAAUCGGGGUCUCGGAGCGAGUCAUAACGAAGAUUAAUGGCGAACUUAAAGCACUACUAAUACAUGAUGACGAUGAUAGCAACAAAAGUUUUUGUACUCCUAGUAAGUUAAAAGAAAGCAGAAAAAGGCCCGUCACUGGAGUGGAUGAUUUUGAUAAGGCUUUGAUAAGACGCUUGGUGUAUGAGUUCCACAUUCAACAUAAAAUACUACCAACAGUUUCUUUACUACACGAGGAACUAAAAAAACAGAUAGAUUUCAAAGGAUCAAAAUCAAGCCUUAGGAGAAUUCUGAAGGAGCUUGGAUUCAGAUGGAGGAAAACGCAGAACAACCGAAAAAUGCUGAUUGAGACAAACAAAAUCCGGGAAAAGAGAAUUUCUUAUUUGAGAGCAGUCAAACGUUUCAGAAAUGAGGGUCGUACUAUUAUUUUCAUGGACGAAUCAUAUAUUUUAACAAGCCAUGUUUCAAGUCUAUCGUGGUCUGACAACUCAACCAAGGGAAUGCGUGUACCCAUUUCUAAAGGACAACGCCUAAUAAUGAUUCAUGCAGGAAGUGAAGCUGGUUUUGUCCCUAACGCAUUGACGAUGUGGAAGGCAUCGAGCACCACGGGUGAUUAUCACGACAAUGUCAGGAAGGAAACCAUGAUCAAGUGGAUGAAAGAGAAACUUCUGCCGAACAUACCACCGAAGUCCGUGAUAGUUGUAGAUAACGCACCUUAUCACAAUGCGCAAUUAGACAAAGCACCCACAUCAAAUAGUAGGAAACAAGAAAUGAAGGACUGGCUAACCAAACAUGGAAUACAAUAUUCAAACGAAAUGCUGGUUCCCGAGUUGUAUAAGCUUGUACUGCUGAACAAACCAAGAUUCAUUCGAUAUGAAAUUGAUGAACUACUCACGGGUACUGACCAUGUUAUUCUUCGUCUCCCCCCCUACCACCCAGAUCUAAACCCAAUAGAACUUAUUUGGGCUGAAGUAAAAGGUUACGUAGCUAGCAGUAACGUAAAUUGUAGCUUCGAGAGCAUCCGUUCAUUGGCACAGGAAAAAUUUGAUAUCAUUGGUGCAACAGAGUGGAAAAACAAGUGCGACCAUGUAAAAACUAUUGAAAAUAAUUAUGCUUCAGCUGAGCCGCGGAUCGACGACCUCGUGGAAUCAAUGGUCAUAUCAGUAGGAAACAGCGACAGCAGUGACGAAGAAGACGAUGAUAUGAGUGACAUUGAAGACCUCGUUUAA